ACUUUAAAACGUAACCUAAUUGAACUAUUCUUGAAAUAUGGGCCUAGCCAUUUGCCUUUCAAAGGAAAUUAACUAUGAAGGGGAUACUCAAAAAGUCAAUCCAGUCGCUAAGAAGAACGGAGGAGAAUGGUACAGUUCAAAAGCAAGCCAGUGUCACGACUGGGAGUAGCAUUUUGUCCAAUCCUGAACCAAUACCCGACGUGGAUGAUGAUACUAAACAACUCAAAAAUGCAUCGCAUGAGCUAGAGCAGACACUUAGACUCUAUUUCGAGAAAGCAUCAAAUGGCAACAAUCAAUUACAGAACCUUCCUUUCCAAGGAAAUGAACUUUCUGCCGCAUCAGACCCCGAUCAAUUGGCAGAUCUUAUCAGCAAAGUCAUAGUCACAGAAUCCCAUAAGGGAAAUAAGAUAUCAAGAAAAUUUUCUAGUGUAUUCGGAAAAAUAUACCCUGUCGCCUCGCUAGUGAUCCAAUUCGGCACCGCUGCCGGUGAAGCCUUCCAACCUGUCAAGGCGUUGAUGGGUGGGUUAGAUAUCCUUCUUAACCUUGCAGAAGAGGAAAGGUCGCGCGCUGGAGAUUUCCUCAAAAACAUAAAUAAUAUCACAUAUCAAUGUUCCCGUAUUGCGGAGUUGCAAAAGACUAUUGGCAAAAGAGAAUGGAAUAGACUGGUUAUUCAAAAGUCUACUCAGCUGCUUACAGCUGUGAUCCGGUAUUUCAACGCAAGCAUCGUUUUCUUUUGCCAGAAUUCUCUGCAAAUCCUCGGAAAUUCCGUUUUUCAAGGGACACAAAGAUAUUCUAGUGUUCUAGAAUCUCUCAAGCAGGCUAUUGCAGAAUAUGACCAGGCGCUCUUGCUUCAAAUUGCGUUGACUACGUUGUCGACUAGCGCUAAAAUUAAUUCUGUCAUUCCCGACGGAAAAGAUACAGGUCAUCCUGAUGCCACUACUUUAAAGUGGUUAAAAUCCUCCUAUUGGGAAACCGAAGCCCAGUACAUGAAUUCCUUGAGCAGAAGGCAAGAUGGCUCUUUCCGUUGGAUACUAGAUUUGAAUGUGUUCCAGCAAUGGAGAAGAAGAGAGAAUCAAGGUUUAUGGCUCACAGCAGCACCCGGUUUUGGAAAGUCGACGCUGACAGCAUACCUAACCCAACUCCUAAAGUCAGAAGAUUCUUCAGAAGUGGUUGUUUUAUUCUUCUUAUUCCGCAGUACAAAUCCACAGCUUAGGACUUUGAAUAAUUUGAUUCGAACACUCGCCGCGCAGAUCUUAAAAAAUGUUCCAGAUACACAGGAGUACUUUGGAAAUCUGUGUGCUCAAGGAUUUGAAUCAGAAGACCCUUCAAUUCUUUUCGAUACCCUUGUGUGGACGCCGCUGUCGGGGUUGACACAACAGAUAUACACGGUUGUCGAUGGUCUUGAUGAGUGCUGUCCCGAACAAAGUUCAUCAUUGGCAAUAGGACAGAAAGUGAGUCUUGACGUCUCUGACAUGUUGCAGAAACUCCCCGGUCAGUGUUUUAUGACUAGCCGGCCGAUUUCGAUACCUACCGCAAAGCUUGAAAAAUGCCUACAUCAUCGACUGCUCGCAGAAAAUUCAGACGAUAUUGAGGCUUAUGUGUCAAAGCGCGUGGCCCAAUCUAGCGUCCUACAGAAAGGUUUUAAUACUCUGAGCAAAGACCCGUCUAUAGUACUAGUCGAAAAGGCCCAGGGAAACUUCUUGUGGGCAUUUACUGUGCUAGGAUUACUUGAUAAACCCAGCCUGUCCAUCGAUACCUUUGAAUCCUUUCUUACCAGCGUUCCAGAAAAUCUCAAUCAAGUCUACAACGAAGUGCUUGGUCGACUUGACCGUGCUGGGAGUCUCGAACUAGCAAAACUGGUAGCGGGAUGUGUAUUGUUCGGUGUAUCCACAAUGACGGUUGAUAUGCUGCAAGCAGUUGUCUGUAUUAUCCAUGGAGAGGUUUUCGGCUUAGAGGAAUUUAUCGAAGCCGAGUGUGGGUCAAUUUUGACCAUUGCUUCAAGCAAAUCACCAUCCAACAUAAUCCAGCCAGUACAUGAGACAUUCAAGAAGUUUAUCACUAGCAACGAUGCACUGAACUGCGGAAGACUAUCAUCUGAUAUUUGUCAUCUUCAUUUCACAAUUGCUUGUCUAGAAUGCUUGCUUGAUUCUGAGAAUUUGCAAUAUAAUUCUCUUCAUGAAUAUGCCUGUCAGAACUGGUUCACUCAUUUCACUGCUUUUCAGAACCAUGAGGAGGCAUAUUUAGGGAGCGAAUAUUUGGAACGAUUACUGUUAUGUUUGCAUACAUUCUUCACCUCCGAGCAGACCUUUUGCACUUGGCUCAGAGAAUUGCUUCUUCUCGUUCAGGAUGAUACCCGAGCACGAUUUUUUUGUUUUGAAUUGGUCGACAUGCAUAGUACAAUAUCCGAAUGGCUCAUUUCUCUAAACACUAACGGCUUCUGGUCGAACCUGAGUAGUGAAAAUAUGAAAUCCGAAUCACUAUCAAAGGCGUCUCAGUGGAGUAAUCGACAAGUCCAGACUCAAAGCCAAGAUUUAGCACAAUUCAUAUCCAAAUGUGUAGCCCAAACAUGGUUGCGAACAAACUGGAAGGAGUCUUCUCUCAGUCAUUGGAUAUUUCUGCAAACGAAGAAAACGGCCCAGAUGCUUCUGUGGGAUGAUCCUGAAGGGAUCAGUGGCCCUAAACGUUAUGUGAGAUCCAUAAGUCACAGCGAUUUCAGCUCUACAACGAUAGAAGAAGCCAGACGUCUGGGGACGUUGGGUAACUUUGUGCCCUUGGUCGGUGUCCAGGCAGGAAACUAUGCUUUCGGAUGCUUGGCUGCCAAUGAUCCCUCAUGUGAGCGAUUUUUCCUGUCGGCUCUGGACGAGCAUCCAGAAUGGUGGCACCUACAUGAAACACUGGGAGAAUGGUACUAUCGAAAUGAUAACAAAAAGCAAGCCAUGCGAGCAUUUGAAAAUGCCAUUGAGUAUGAUCCCAAAUCUCCGUCUUCCGCCACGCACAUGUAUUGGACAACGAAAUGUGAAAUAUGUCUUGAUUCCAACGACCUCAUCGGGGCAGUGGAAACUUUGAAGCGGGCUGAAGAAAUUUGUCUUGAUGGACCUGCAUUCAAAUACUGGGAUCGCAUGGCGAGGAUAUGGAAAGAUCAUGACCGAUGGGACGAAGUCAAAACUGUCUAUACUGAUGCGCUUCGCAAACGGACCGUUUGCCGUGACGAGUACUGGAUGGGGCUGGUAGAAGCAAACGAGAAGCUCCGUGACUCGCAAGGUGUUCUUGAUACCCUCAUCUCGGCAUUGCAAGACGACCCCAAAAACUCUAGACGUUACGGAAACAAACUAUGUCGCUUUGCAUCGGAGCUCGCGGAAUGUAUGUUAUUUGACGAAUCGAUCAGCUUCCUUUGCUUAGCUAUUGAAAUCCAGCCAAACGAUAAAAGAGAGUAUCACAUGCUUUUGGCUAAAACGUACAUGGGUGCACGUAAGUGGGAAAAGGCAGCUGAAGCAUAUGAAGCAAUACUCCUAGAAGAAGAAAAGAAUGUCAAUAUUCAAAACGCAAUGUACAGCAGCCUUGGAGAUGCUUAUUUGGCAAUGGGUAAGCUGAAAGAAGCCAAAGCCGCAAUUGAGAAAGCCAACAUCUCCGACCCAAAACUCAUCUUACCCGACACAUUCGCUCUGGGCUACCUUAUUGACAAUCAAUUCUCCGAUGCAAUUCGAAUUCUCAAAAGAUGCAUUUCACAAACACACUCAGAUAAGGUUUCCGGGAUCUUUAACGCUAUCCAGGCUGGUAUGGUCAUGAAUAUGCACUUGGUUUUGGGUAAAGCAUAUAAAGCCGCAGGUCGCGAUGCUGAAGAGAGUCAUAUAGUAUAUGAGGCUGGAAUUGCCGUGUUUGAUAAAUUAAAAGAAGAUGUGCUCAAAAACAUUCCGAAACCAGAAGACCAGCAAGUGCCUGUCUGGCGAUGCGAUGCUCGGGUUCUCAUGAUUUAUGGCGAAUUACUACUCCUAGUCGGCAGGCUCGCGGAGGCAUUGCAGCAAUAUGAAGCUGCCUACGCGAUAAUUUCCAAAACGCGCUUUGUAGAGGAUGACGAUAUACUCGAGUGGGAGUAUGGCUAUUGUCAAUCAUCACUUGAAAGAGCAAGGCUGAAUUUGCCACUUUCCAUGCAGGCCGAAAGAGAAGUAAUACGUAAGACUUUGGAACUCAGGAUCAGUAAUUCUUAUCGAACAGAGUGGUAUUCAUUCAUGAAAUCUAGUAUACCGCGGUUCAGGGGAGGGGAGAACGGAUGGUCAACGAAAAUUCUUGGGGUGAAAACGGUUUAA